AUGCCUCGAGUGUACCCGCCGAUCGAGGGGCGACACGCUGGCUCUGGAUUGUCCCCUUCGCUCAUAGAGAGUGUUGCCGGCUUCAGCGCUGGAAUCAUUUCUACCCUCGUAGUCCAUCCGUUCGAUGUCGUCAAAACACGCCUGCAGGUGGAUCCUAGUACAACCAGUCAUAUCGGCGACUCGGUGCGCAUAGUCAAGAAUAUUGUUAGAAAAGAGGGUGGGUACUCGGCGCUGUAUCGCGGUCUCAUGCCCAACAUGGUCGGAAACUCCGUCAGUUGGGCACUGUACUUUCUCUGGUACGGCAACAUCAAAGACUGGAUCAAGACGGCUCGAGGAAACCCAGACGUCCUCACCUCGUACGAUUACUUUUUGGCAUCUGGCGCCUCUGGAAUCCUCACAGCCCUCUGUACCAAUCCCAUAUGGGUCAUCAAGACGCGCAUGCUAUCUACUUCGCGUGAUGCCCCAGGCGCAUACAAAUCCAUCCGACAAGGAACAACGCAUCUAUGGAAAACAGAAGGGCUCAAGGGGUUCUAUCGAGGACUCGUACCAUCUCUCUUUGGUGUCAGCCACGGUGCCAUACAAUUUAUGGCGUACGAGCAACUCAAAAACCACUGGAGUACAAGUCGUGGUGGCAGGGACAAUCUCACCAACCUCGAUUUCCUGUUACUCAGUGCGGCAAGUAAGAUGUUUGCUGGCAGUGUCACAUAUCCCUACCAGGUCGUGAGAGCCCGUCUUCAGACCUAUGAUGCCGACUCACGUUACAAAGGCGUACGUGAUGUGGUCAGACAAGUCUUCCAGAAGGAGGGUCUGAAAGGAUUCUACAAAGGGCUGGGUCCCAACAUCGUGCGCGUCCUACCUUCUACGUGUGUAACUUUUCUGGUUUACGAAAACACCAAAUUUUACCUGCCUCGCUUCUACCAGUCGUAUGAGGAAAUCAAAGGCGUCGAUUGA